GCUCCCUCUGUUUAUUGUAGGUACAUGUACAAUACAAACAUACCUGGAUUUUCAAUCCGUGCUGAACCCAUCGAGCUCUGGUUGAUAGCGAGUAGAUUGUAGGGUGGCAUCUCCAAGACUCCAAGGACUACCUACGGUGCCCAGGUAGUAUUCAGGAAACGUGGAGGCAGAAACCCAAGCUGCAAUAGAUGGAUGCGAAGUGCAGCUAAGUUGAAUAGAGCUAUCAGUUAGGGGAUCACGGACCCAAACAUACGGCCUUGGCUAACGGUGACACUGACAGUGACGAUCUGAUUCCUGUCGCCUUACCCGCGAUUCGAACCGUUGCUAGCCCUCGGUUUCGGGACAGCACCAGCCAAUCAUCGUACAAUCCAUGCCGCAGCGCAUCUCGAUGUCGGAUCGGGCUGAAGCAACGGCUCCGGCAACUUCCGUCCUUCCGAUCGACACCACGGAGCCCCCGCCGCCGAGCCCCGCUUCCGUGGCAUCGUCCCCUGCGAGCGGGUUGCCGACGCCUUCCACAGACUCCAUACAACGCGCCCCAUGGCCGGCCGGUGGCGGUCGACGGACCCACAAGAAGAGCCGCACAGGCUGCUCGACUUGCAAGGCGAGGAAAAUCAAGUGCGACGAGAGACGGCCAGCCUGUCUCAACUGCAUAUCCCAUGGCGUAGAGUGCCCCUUCCUCAGGGGACGCAGCGCCGCCGCAACCAACCCGCGGACAUCAUCCACAGCCAACUCACACUCCUCAGCGUCUCCCGCCAACCCGCCCUCCCCCUACGCUGGCGCGGUCUCGGAAGCGGAAGGCGGCGGGGAACAGCUGCCGCUCCUCGAACUCGAGCUGCUCCACAACUUCACCACCAAGACGUACUCCACGCUCACCGCCGACGCCAGCCUGUGGGAGUUCUGGCGCGAUGACGUGGUCCAGCUGGGCCUGACGUGCGACUACAUCAUGCGCGCCGUGCUGGCCGUCAGCGCGCUGCACCUGGCCUACCACCGGCCCGACCGCCGCAACUUCUACACCGAGUCGGGCAUCCUGCUGCACCAGAAGGCCGCCCGCUCGGCGAUGCGCGUCAUGGCCGCCGAGCACGAGAUCGACAAGGACACCGCCGCCAGCCUGUUCAUCUUUAGCAUGCUGACCAUCUUCUUCGCGUUAGCAUCCCCGCGCCGCUCCAACCCAGACGGCACCUUCUUCAUAGGCAGCAGUAGCAGCAGCAGUCUUAGUAGUAGCAGCAACAGCGAGCUCGGACGGUUCCCGGACUGGGCCUUCCUGGUGUCGGGCGGCAAAUCCAUCAUGGACGUGCUCGGCGAGCGCGGGCUGGACACCGUCGCCGCGCCGUUCCUGCACUACGGCCGCGCGCGCUGGCACGCCCACCGCGCCAAGCUGCACGAGCACUCCUCCAACGAGCCGCUGCUGGCCCCGCUGCGCGCGCGCAUUUUCGCCACCACCACCACCGGCGGCGGCCGGCGCGCGGCGGGGGCCGAUGAGGAGUCGACGGAGCUGCUGCACACCUACGCGCACGCGCUCGACGAGCUGGAGCUGGCGCUCGUGGUCAGCCGGGACCCGGCCACCCCGAGGGACGUGCUGGACGCCAUGGUGUGGCUGUGGGAGGUGUCGGACUCGCUAGUGCCGCUGCUGCGGGGCACCGAGCCGAGGCAGGAGGCCGUGGCCAUCUUUGCCCACUUCUGUGUGCUGCUGAAACAGCACGAAGCGCACUGGUGGCUGCAGGGGUGGGGAGAGCACGUCAUGGUGCGGGCGCUUGAGGUGUUGGAUGAGGAGCACAAGGGUUGGAUCGAGUGGCCCAUGAGGGAGAUGGGGUGGAUGGGCGGUGGUGGAGGAGAGGGGGCCGGUAGUGGCGGGGAGGUGAAUUACUACGCUAGCAGCAGAUGAUGGAUAGAAUAGAGAGUAUUUCCCCUAUUCACGUUUAGAGUCGGCACAAUAGCAAAGUCGGCUCUGCCGUUGGAGACAAAGACGUUGUUGGUAGUUUAUGGAUGGUCUAGUAGAGGCUGCAGCUUGU